GGGUUUGUGGGUACAUUUAGCGAUGAUGUUUUGGAGCAGGUGCCGGGUGCCGGGGGUCGUUGGCGUGUGUUGUGGACAUUUUCGAGUGAGGUCUCACGUCUUCUUCAGAGCAAAGCGCAGAGAGUGAGUGCGCUUACGAUUGUAUGUGAAACGUUCCAACAAAGACGGAGACUCGGUGCCUUCGGGGGCAUCUCUGGACUGUGCAAUAGAGACCUGCUGUGGAGGAUUGAAGGUUUGCAUUUUGUGCACGGAUUGUGUUCCGGAUCGUAGAGCAGAGUGACCGCUGGAGCUGAACUGCACCAGUAAAGGCCAUCGCCAGGACACGGCAGAGUUGAAGCAGACUGCGCUGGAAUUCGAGACUUCUGCAUUUGUCUCAUCAGAGUGUGGCAGCAGUGUCAGUCUUUCUUCUCGAAGGUGAAAAACUUACAUGGAACAUCCGAAAGACGACGAAUCGAUCCGGACUUGCAGAGCAAUUGGAAGCCCCAUUCUAAGGCUGCUUGAGGAAGUGAUUGGCCGAAAUUGAAUGACCUAGCAGUCUUCUGAAGGAAGUUUUGUAUGUUGCGGAGAUUGAUGUUUUCAACGCCGAAACGCUCUGGCAAAAGGAAGUAUCGUGAAGCACACGGAUACAGCAGCUAUUGACGAAGACGGAGGAGCGCGGCUAUGAAGAAGUGCUACCACGAAUGACCAUAGCGAAGGGAAAUGCGUGAUAAAGCAUAGGUACAAGCAGCAGCAGUAGAAGAAGCAGGUCAGGAAGAGGAAGCAGCGUGUGUGAAGUGAAACGUGAGAAAGAUAGAGACGAAGCAAAGCAGGUGUAGUAGAGGAGAACUCGAGCAGCAGAGCUAUCGAUUUUCCUCGGUGAUCCAGUGUCUCGGGAAAGUCUCGGACACACCAGCAAGCAAGCAAGCAAGCAGAGCAAACCAGAGCGCGCCAGCAGCCAGCCAACAGGAAUCGGCAGAACAGCUGAGUGAGACGCGAAAGGUCUGGCUGUGUGUGCGCUGUAAAAAGUGUUUUCGAUCGCCUUGUUGUAUGCUUCUUUUCAUCGAGGGUGGUGGUUAUUGUUGGGUCAGGUUAGAAUGCGGCGGCCCCACCAAGUGGUGUGAAACCCUGUAUUACAUAUGUAACAUGAAGUGUGAACACUAUCUCUGAUUGAUAGCAAACGCAAUCGCCCAAAAAGUUAGUGUGAGGGAAGGAAAAAAAGGAACAAAGGAUUACCAUUCGCCAUCCUACCCGUACCUGGGUUGGCCUCGGUUCUUUUCGUUGGCGCGAGUGAGGGUAGUGUUAUGGUGGUGGCGGAUGUGAAACGCGUUGGGGCCAGCAACUUCUAGUACAAAAUACACACGGGAACGGAGUGGUGGAUUGUGGACUAAACAACAACAACAGCAGCAGUCAAUUCACGCACUCACGCACGCGAGUGAAGAAACAUCUGUUCGAAUAAUUUGCGGAGCGUGGCGGUGGGUUUCGUUUCGUGGUCGUUGAGAAGUCUGGUGAGUGCCGAAUAGCAGCAGUGAGAUUUUGUGAGCUGAGCACUGCCAAAAUAUCGAGCACAUUGGAUUACCAACAUACUUGUACACAAAAACGAAGAAACCUAAGCACGAGAGUUACGAGAGCGAGAGCUACUUCCUCUGUAUACAUCAGGUUAACGACAGCGUUGCCAGAUCGACUUGUUGACUGCCGGCUCUACUGUUGAACGCCUUUAAGGAGCAUAGUUUCAGAUACAGUUUCCGUACAUCGACUACGUCGUCGGAGGGACCCCAACGAAAAAACGCCGGAAGUGCGUGCUGGACGAGUAGCACCCAUUUCCCUCUGUAAAUCCGCCUGGACAUUUUUUUCCUUUGGGACCCGGUUACAAAGCGGCUUAGAAAAUAAAUUUUAAUCUGACUCUCGGUUGGUUCGGUGGUGCUUCUGAAAUGUCCGACACCGGUAGUGGACACGAAGGAGCCCAGAAGGACUACUCACAGAAGAUGGACGGUGGCGGUGGCGGGGACUUUGACUCCGGUCAGCAGUCCCAGCAAACCGAACAGGAACUGGCCACCAAGAUGCUGCAGAUCCAGUCCAAACGUUUCUACCUGGACGUGAAGCAAAAUCGGCGGGGUCGGUUCAUCAAGGUGGCAGAAAUCGGCGCCGAUGGCCGGCGCAGUCAGAUCUUUCUGGCCUUAUCGACGGCAGCCGAAUUUCGGGACCACCUGUCGACUUUCAGCGAUUAUUACGCUUCGUUGGGACCACCGAAUCCAGACAACGUACCCGAAGAUGGGAAGCUAAAGUCGGAGAUGAUGAUCAAGGACAAUCGGCGAUAUUACCUUGAUCUGAAAGAGAACGUCCGAGGCCGGUUUCUGCGAGUAUCACAAACGAUCACGCGGGGUGGGCCACGUUCCCAAAUAGCGAUUCCGGCCCAGGGGAUGAUCGAAUUCCGUGACGCCUUGACCGAUCUGCUCGAGGAGUUCGGCACUAAUGACGGUGGCUUCAAGGGAGAACUGCCGGAGGGAAGGCACAUGCGUGUAGACAACAAAAAUUUCUACUUCGACAUCGGCCAGAACAGUCGGGGCAUCUACAUGCGGGUGUCGGAAGUGAAAAGUAACUUCCGGACUGCGAUUACGGUGCCGGAGAAAUGCUGGUCCCGAUUCCGGGACAUCCUGGGCGACUACUGCGACAAGAUGAAGAAAUCGUCCGAUUCAACCUCUCUGUCGAUCACUGCCGAUAACCCAUUGCAGAAGCAAACAUCAAAUAAUAUGUAAAUUAGUGUGUGACAAAAGAAAGAAAAGGAAACACAACCGUGCGAGAGAGACAGCUUCAUACGGUGUAUUUCCCCCUUCCCUCCUUUCCUGAGAAGAAGAACAACUCUUUGUGGCUUAAGUUCCCGCAGACUUUUUGUUGAUUGUAUUGACUACUGAAACAAUAUUCAUAUUUGAUUUUCAACUUGUUUUUCUCUUCUCGAUUUUUUCGAGUAGUUUUUUUUUUUUGGUUAUUUCUGUUCUAUUCUUGUUAACAUCUGAAAACAAAAUAUACUAAAUUAUAAAAAAAGAAGAAAUGAAGAGUAUAAAAUAUAUUAUACAUAUAGUUAUAAAUGAAACAGAGAGAAGAUCAGAUCUAAUCUGAAUAUAAAAUGCAGUUAUAAGAUUUAAAUAAAGGCAAAAAAAUUUAACAAAUUUAACUUAUUACUGAACACAAAGCAGAAGGUCAAAAAAUAACGGAAACAGAACGGCAAAGACACACACAAACUACAAACACACAAACACAAAUACAAGAGAAUCACAAUUGCAAUUAACUGUAGCUAAUAGGGAGUAAUUGAACACGAGAAAAAAUAAAAAGUAAUAGUAAAACAAAAGCCGCGAAGCUAGCCUGUGUGUAGUCCCACGUUCAACUUUCGGUGCGCGAACUGUUCCGCAUUUGCGUUUCCGGCUUUGGUUAAGAAAGGUCUAGAAAUCGUUUUAGAACACUCAAAGUUAGACCAUCGUUGUUACGCGUAUCAGUUUUAAACAGACAAUAUUUAGUGAGUGCUAUCAACAGACAAUAUUUUAGAGAGCACUGUUUGUAUCCACAACUCGAUCUUUAACUGACAGAAAGAUGACGACUGGGGAUGGAUUCAGUCGGCUUUUAACGAACACGAUUAUUAUUGUUUUUAGCAAACUAUGGACUUUAACAAAAAAAAAAAAAAAAGAAAA